UUGAAGUGUGAAUCAGUGCUUAAGUCUCAUACAGUGAUAGACUGACUGAUACAGUGAUCGCAAUAUUAUUAUUGUCUGUCGUCUUACCAUUGAAGGCAUGGCCACCAACUCUACCGAAGGUGUUGUGGUUCCGCGAAACUUUCGUUUGCUCGAAGAGCUAGAACAGGGACAGAAAGGUGUCGGUGACGGCACCAUCUCAUGGGGUCUCGAAGAUGACUCGGAUAUGACACUAUCACACUGGACAGGAAUGAUCAUCGGUCCGCCGAGGACGCCAUACGAGAAUAGGAUUUAUAGUCUUAAGGUAGAGUGCGGUCACAAUUAUCCCGACGACCCGCCAGCUGUUAGGUUUAUAUCCAAAAUUAAAAUGAAUGGCAUCAAUGAAACGACAGGACUGGUUGACAGACGAUCUCUUCCGGUGCUCUCUCGUUGGCAAAGAAUUUAUUCAAUUAAAACGGUUUUACAAGAACUGAGACGAGCGAUGACUCUAAAGGAAAAUAUGAAAUUAAGUCAACCACCAGAAGGAACUGCCUUUUAAUGUAAUAUUUAAUUAAUAAUUUUAUAGUCAUCUCUUGUAUUGUGUUUUGGAUGUCAUCUAAACAAACGGAUAAUUAAUUGAUUUUAAAUAUUAUAAUCCAUUCCUUUAUUAUUAAACUCAAAAUAUAUUCUCUUAUAAAACAAAACACAAAUUUAUUAUUAAAAAACAUUAAGAGUUUUUAAAAUUAUUUUAAGAUUUUAUUUAAAUGAGAAUAAGGAGCAGUAAAUUGUGAGCAACACAUGAUUGUGAAAAAUACUAUCUUU